AACAGAUUGCCCAUCCAUUGCUGGAAUGCCCUUCUUAGAAGACUGUUUUAGUCAAGUUAACUGCAAUCAACGAAUGUCAUUUAUAUGUGAAAACAAAAACCAGUCCCUGUUGGAAAUUAAUAGUACAAAAUCACAAAUACAAACUGGAAGUUGCCCUAAAAACUGGACAUCAUUCAGAGACAAGUGUUUUCUACAAAUUAAAUCUAAAUAUCUAACAUUCAAUGAUGCCAUGGACGAAUGCACAAUUUAUGGAGGAACCCUUCCUACCAUCCUGAGCCAGUCAGAACAAGGACUUGUCUACACGCAGUCCCCUUCCAGUCCUACUCAAGAUGCCAGACUUCUCACAGACGAUCAGCUCCCAAAACUCCUCGGUAAAGGCGUUUUUCUUAUUGAAAGUAGAGAGCUUAAUAAGUGUGUGGCAGUGGAAUCAUCUGCCAUUUUGUUACAAGACUGCAAUGAAUUCUCCGAGAAAAUGUGUUGGAAAUGGGUAUCCAGACAUUAUAUCUACAACAUUGGCAGCAGCCAGUGCCUAGGAUUGAACAUUAGUAAUCUGUCGUCACCUCUGGAGAUGUUCGACUGCGACUCUUCUGUGCAGACACUGAGCUGGAAGUGCAACAAUAACUCACUGAUUGGCGCCAAUCGUUACAAUGUUGCAGUGGUCAAUGGAAAGGUGGUGGCAAGGACACAAUUGUACUACCAGUGGAGGGUUUAUAAGUCAAUGGAUGAAGAUUUCUGUGAGCAAAGUUAUCAAGAGGUGUAUACACUGCUGGGAAAUAGCCGUGGCUCCCCAUGUUUUUUCCCAUUUAAAUAUAAUAAUAUAUGGUACCAUGAAUGUCUUAAUAAAGGAAGACAAGAUGGAUUAUCUUGGUGUUCGACCACUGUGUCCUACAACAACGAUCGAAAAUGGGGAUUCUGUCCGUCUACUGGCUCAGGCUGUGGGAAGCUUUGGGAGAAGAAUAAUGUGACUACGGCCUGUUAUCAAUUCAAUAUUGAUAGUUCUCUUUCUUGGAGCCAAGCACGUGUAUCUUGUCAACAGCAAGAUGGAGAUCUCCUGAGCAUCAAUAAUGUCAACGAAUUGAAAUACAUAUCAGAUAAACUACAAGGCAAGGAGCAGCCAUUUUGGAUGGGCCUUAAUCACUUAAAUGAAGCUGAAGGCUGGCAGUGGUCAGAUGGCUCCCCGCUGGUGCUGUUAAACUGGGCACCAGGAUCACCCAGCUCUUACGCAGAGAAUUGUGGAGUUUAUCUUCAAGGCGAUAACACCUGGAACACCUAUUCAUGUGGCAUAGACUUACCUUACAUAUGCAAAAAAUAUACUUUGCCAGUGGAUCGGGAAACAUUCGACAGCUGGAAAUAUUACCCAACAAAUUGUGAAUUUGGUUGGUAUCCUUACAAUCACUAUUGCUACAAACUCCAGAGAGAAAUGCAGACAUGGGACAAUGCGUCGGCCGCCUGUCAGAGAACUGGAGGAGAAUUAACAAGUGUGCCCUCAUCAAUGGAAUUUGUUGUUAUGUCCCAGCUUCUAGAAAAUGAAAAUGUGACUGAGGCCUGGAUUGGAAUGAAAGCAAGUCUACAAACCCCAUACACUUUUCAGUGGACAGAUGGGUCUACCGUGACCAUCACCAACUGGUACAGGCACCAACCUUAUAUCAACGGAACACAUCAGCAAUUCUGUGUUUCAACACAAAAAAAUAAAGAUGGUUGGAAAGUAAAAAUUUGUGAUGAGAAAUUAUUUUCGGUUUGUAAAAAAACAGGACAAAAUGACACAGAUUUUGCAAAGGAAGACCAAUGUGGAAAGGACUGGGAAAGAUACGGCUCAUAUUGUUACCGAGUUGACGACACUAAGCGGACGUGGCAGCAGGCCUCAACUGGAUAUUACUGCUCUUCCCCUUUAGCGGUCAUCACAGACAGGUUUGAGCAAGCCUUUAUAAGUACCAUGAUCUCCAGUAAGCUACAGACUGAGGACAAUUACUUCUGGAUUGGCCUGCAGGAUCAAACAAAAUCUGGGGAAUACACAUGGACAACCAGUGGCAUCUAUCGGCAGCCGGUGACCUACACCAACUGGAAUAAACAUCAACCCAGUCGCACAGGCGGAUGUGUUACUAUGCGAAAUGGGAAGAAUUUUGGACUUUGGGAAGUAAAGGAUUGCACUUUGUUUAAGGCGAUGUCAGUAUGUAAAAAGGCGUUAUCAGGUGUAAUAAAGGAGCCACCAGAUUCCCAUGAAAAGUAUCCAGAUAUACAAGAUAUGUGUGAAAUAUGGGAAUCAGAGCCACAUUUUCAUCAUUGCUACAAGGUGUAUCAUAAUGAGAGGGUGCUGAGGAAGAGGACGUGGGAGGAAGCUGAACGGUUUUGCCAGGGUUUUGGUGCACACCUUGUCAGCUUCUCUCAUCUGGAAGAAGAGACAUUUGUUGCAGAACUUUUGGACACCAUGUUUCACCGGUAUGAGAAAAGACAGUUCUGGAUUGGAUUCAAUAAAAGAAACCCUUCGGCUCGAGGCUCCUGGGAAUGGUCUGAUGGUACAUCAGUUGUAUCUCCAUUUCUAGAAGAUAUGUAUGAUGAUGACGAAUCAACGAACUGUGCCGUUUACAGAGCGGAUAAGAAAGUGGUCCCUAUGCGUUGUGAUGCAAAGCAUGAAUGGAUCUGCAAAAUGCCAAGAGGGUUGCCACCAAAGCUACCAGAAUGGCAUGCCAAAGGGAGCCCGUGGCUUUUUUAUCGAGGGUAUGAAUACUGGUUCAUCGAUCAGCUUGGUAGUUUUGAUUUGUAUCAGUUCGCCUGUGGUUGGAUUGGCGCAGAGAUAGUAACCAUACAUUCUCCAGAUGAACAAUCAAUAAUUCACAGCCGGAUAAAAAAGUUAUCAAAAAAGAAAACAAACUGGUGGAUUGGACAACUGUAUGAAAAUUCACAUGAUGGAUCACAAAGGUGGAAAGAUGGUACUCCACUCCUAUACAAGAAUUGGGAAAAAGAACCCAGUACCAACAAUAUAACUUUAAAUGGCCCACAGUGUGCCUACAUGUCUUCAGAAACAGGACUUUGGGGAUAUUCUGAAUGCCAUGAUUUAAACCCUUCAAUCUGCAAAACAGACCGAAAAUUGUUAGAUGAAAUUGAGAUAUACCAAGAUUCCAAGAAUGGAAGCUGUCCCACAGAUUGGAUCCAUUAUCAACAAAAGUGUUUCUUUGUGUAUAAAGGGGAAUAUGGUGGACCACUGGAUAACUGGUUUGCUGCACAGGAAUACUGCAAUAACCACAAUGGUAACCUCGUCUCGAUUGAAAACAAUAUAGAACAAGCUUUCGUGGUCAUGCAGCUUUUUGGAGAGAAAAAUGGAUUCUGGAUUCAUUUGCAAAACAGUGACUAUGAAAAGUGGGAAAGUGGGAUUUCAAAGAAAUAUGCCAACUGGUCUCCAAUACAAAUAAACAGUAAUAAUGUAAAUUCAAGUUCCGAAAACAAGCAGGUUCUGUGCGGUUUAAUAUCAAGUAAUGAUGAUGUCCAUGCCCCGGGAAAAUGGUACCUUACAAAGUGCGAUAGCAAGGGCUAUGGAUUUGUUUGUGAGAAGAAACAAGCUCGUACUGAGAAUUUUAAUGAAACAGAUAUGUAUCCAGUGGAAGGUAUCCUGGAGUAUGGACAUGAAAGAUACAGAGUAAUCUUUGGCAAUAUCACCUGGUAUGACGCUUACAUCAACUGCCAAAGCCAAGGGGCUCAUUUGAGUAGUGUGACAGAUGAUUACCACCAGGCCUUCCUAACGAUCAUUGUAAACAGACUGGGAUAUUCACACUGGAUUGGAUUAUUCUCACCAGAUAACGGACGCCAUUUCGAAUGGGCGGAUCGUAGUAAUUCCACAUUCACUGCAUGGAGAAACGAGGAGUCUCCGUCUGAUGGGAACUGCGCUUAUAUUGACAUUGACGGAUACUGGAGAACAGAAGACUGUAACACAGAAAUGCACGGAGCUGUGUGUCUUAUAGCAAACAAUUACACGAGAUUUGUUGACCAUCCAGCUGAUAAAACACGAACCCAUCAUGUCAUCAUUCCAGUUGUUGUCGUGUCCCUCGUAAUCCUGCUUAUCCUUUUCAUAUUUUUAUGGUACCUGCUGAAGGGGAACAAGCCUGUCUUUUUUGGAAACCCGUGUCUCCAGAAAAUGCAUCGCUCUGAACCAGAUGCUAACACGGCCGAAGAAUCUAUCCUAAUCACAGAAAUAAACAGUAACAAAGGCCGCAAUAAAUUGCGCGCCGAAUGCCCAAGACCUUCCCUCCCGGGCGCAGCUUGUAAGACCCCGGACAUUGACCCCCAGAUUGCCCAGUUCCUGAAUAAGUCGGGCUGGAAACCCAAAAAGGGUCUUGACCAUUGCCUGAAGGGAUGCCAGGACAAGAUCCUGGAUACUCUGGGGCCCCUAUCGAAGCUAUACGAGCUUCUCGGUGCCGCCAGAACUGGGGACUCAGUUUUGGACGUGGACCUGGCCAUUGGAUGGGUCCAACGGGCUAUCUGCUUGCUGGGGAACGCUAAUACGGCUAUGUCUUCAGAGAGGCGUAAAGCGAUCCUCCUAAAGAUUGACCCUAAAUUGGCCGCUAUGACUGUGGCAGAACCUGAUCCGGCUGAUGAGGGCUUGCUAUUCGGCACCUCCUUCGUUAAGGACAUGGGUUCUUAUGUCAAGACCUUUACGGCGAUUGAUAAGGCACAGGCGAACAUGAAACGCAUGUUCGCACCCAAGAUUUUCGGAGGGGCCGGACGUAGCAGGAACCGACCAUCCGGCCGUGGUUUCCGAGGCGCGUUCCGUGUAACCAGAGGUUCCUUCUUUCCCUCCCGGGGAUUUCAAGACCCGAGAACUCCUCCCUUCUUUGCAGCCAGAGGAAGAGCUUGGGGCUCCAGAUACCCCCGCGGUGGUGCUCCCAGGAGACGUCUUUACGGGUGUCCGGCGCUCUGUCCGGUGGACUGCCUUAAAGCUUACCUGGACUCUACACGAUCCCUUCGUUCAUCCGAUCUGCAUGCCCUGUUCAUCUCCUUUAAAUCGCCUCACCGGCCUGUUUCAACACCAACCCUGGCACGUUGGAGUUCAGUUUUUGUCUAUGACUCCCGACGAUUGUACUUGUUUUCAGGUGGCACUGGGUGUUUCCUGUUGUGGCUGUUGCUUGCUGUGGUGAUGGGGUGCAGGUGGUGCCCCUUGCAGCUGCUCUUGCUGGCAGUCUGGGCAGUGCUAUUGGGCACAGGAUCUUCUGAACAUCCAGUGAAUGCAUUUAACAUUCGACAUGAACAAAAUAACACCUGCCUUAAGGGUGAUGGAAUCCAGCUUACAUUGGCCACUUGCUCGGAAACAGAUGAUGCAACAUUUUGGACAUGGGGAUCAAACCACCGGUUAUUUAACCUGGGGUCCCAGAAGUGCCUUGGAAUUGAUCUCUUAAAUUCCAAAAAGCCCUUGGUAUUGACUUCAUGUGACUCUAAACUUACGUUGUUGUAUUGGAGAUGUGAAGGUGGAGAAAUAUAUGGUGCAGCUCAGUACAGAUUGUCUGUAAAGGAUGGAGCCGUUACUGCUAGUUUGACAUCCGAUGACACAUGGAAAAGGGACAGCAGUACAGAAAACAUAUGUCAAGUUCCGUACCAAGUUAUCUAUACCACUGGUGGGAAUUCCAAUGGAGCUCGAUGUGAAUUUCCCUUUCUUCAUGACGGCCAGUGGCAUCAUGAUUGUAUCACUGAUGGAAAUAGCACAAGACAGUGGUGUGCUACUACAGCUGAUUAUACCUUGGAUCAGAAGUGGGGACUAUGUUUAAAAGCAGUGAAUGGCUGCGGUGACGGUUGGAUCCAGGACGCAACACUUCAGACAUGCUACCAGUUUAAUACACAGGCUAGUCUUAAAUGGAAAGAGGCCUAUGAGUCUUGCUUGAGCCAGGGAGCAGACUUGUUAAGCAUCUCUGGUGAAGACGAAUUGAUCAACAUCACCUCUAAUCAAAACCUCCCUGAAGCAGUCUGGAUUGGCCUGAAUAGAUUUGAUAAUUCUGGCGGCUGGCAGUGGUCUGAUGGUACGCCCUUAAAUUUCAUCAACUGGAAUCAAGAAAAAAAACGCUUUUCGCAUCUGGAAGACUCCGACUGUGGUGUAUUGAAUACUGGCACGGGUCUGUGGCAGAAUCAGCACUGUGGUUUAUCAUUCCCAUUUAUUUGCAAAAAGAAAAUUACGGAGGAUGUUUCAGAACCGCCGGAUUACUGGGUUUAUUCCGAAACUCAGUGCGACGCCAACUGGAUCCCCUAUAAUGGCUUUUGUUAUGUGCUGAAAGAGCAGGGAGAAUGGGAGAAUGCAGAUGGCAUAUGCAAGCAGGAAAAUGGAUCCCUGAUCAGUCUGCAUUCACUUGCAGAUAUUGAGAUGGUCGUUACAAAGUUUGACAAUGAAAGUGGAGACAUUUGGUCCGGCUUCAGAAGCAAUGAUACCCCGGCUUUUUUUAAGUGGUCUGAUGGAGAAGAGACUGAUUUUACAUAUUGGGAUCUGAACGAGCCAAAUACAGUUUUUAACUCUACAUCGUACUGCGUCUCAGUUUCUGUAAAAUCUGGCCGAUGGCAUGUUCGCCUCUGCAAUGAAACUCUAAAGUAUGUAUGCAAGAAAAAUGGUACGAUCGUGAAUGACACCCUAUCGGAAAAUCCUUGCUCAAAGUAUCCAAAUUCAAAGCGUCAUGGAGAUUUCUGCUAUUAUAUUGAUAAGGAUGAAGUACUGUUUGGCACAAAAUGCAACUUCACAGUGACAAACAACUUUGAACAAGAGUUUAUUAAUAGCUUACUGAGAAAGGAGCCCAAUAUCAAAGAUCGUCAUUUCUGGACUGGCUUAAGGGCAAGAGAUAUGUCUGCAGACUAUUUUUGGCAAACUCCAAAAGGAAAUCAGUACUUAACUUUUUCAAACUGGAAACCUUUUGAACCAGCAUUGCCUGGAGGAUGUGCUGUAAUAACAACUGGAGAGUAUUUUGGGAAAUGGGCGGUAAAAGACUGUACAAGAUUUAAAGCACAAUCUAUCUGCAAGCACAGUAUUGGACCAACAAAGCCUGACGAACCUCCUGAACCCGGUUUAUCCUGUGCUGAGGGCUGGUUUAAUGGAUCAACAUCUUACUGCUACAAACUGUUUCACUAUGAAAGGCUGCUAAGGACGCGGACCUGGGAAGAGGCUGAGGGGUUUUGUGAAGAAUUUGGUGCAAAUCUUGCCAGUUUUUCUCAUGAAGAAGAAUUUAAAGAAUUUCGCUCUUUUCUAAAAUCAAUGGUCAGUGACAGUCGAUGGAUCUGGACUGGCUUAAAUAAAAGGAAUGUGGCCUUACAGGGAAGCUGGGAAUGGAGCGAUGGACGGCCGAUCUCUUCUGCGAUUUUACCAAAGGAAUUUGAAGAGGAAGAUUAUGAACUCCGAGACUGCAUUGCUAUCCAGAUUAAUCAGCCGAUGAUAGGCAGAUACAGGGGGAUUUACAGCAAAGAAGAGAAAAGGCCAGAAUUUACUUUAAAGCCAUUUCACUGUGAAGCAGCACUCGAGUGGGUUUGCCAGAUUCCCAAAGGUGCUGUAAUGAAGACUCCAGUCUGGUAUCAAACAGACGUGACGAAGUUGCAUGGCACACCCCUUGUACAUGAAGGGGAAGAGUAUUGGAUUGUGUCUGAUAAGUAUUUAACUUUCAAAGAAGCUGCACUGUAUUGUGCAAGCUAUGGAGCUGAAUUGGCCACUCUGGAUUCUUAUCAAGCGGUGGAUGCUGUGAAGAAAAGACUGAGCGAAGAGACUAAAAAGCAAGAGUCCUACUUUCUUAGAUGGUGGGUGAAAUCUACCAGCUACAAAAGUCACACAGAGUUACUACUUCAUUAUUACCUUGGCAUGUCAUUAAGAGAUUGCUCAUACAUUUCUACAUUGCCCAUGUUUUCAGACCGUUUCAGUCAAGUUAACUGCAAUCAAAGAAUGCCAUUUAUAUGUGAAAACAAAAACCAGUCCUUGUUGGAAAUUAAUAGUACAAAAUCACAAAUACAAACUGGAAGUUGCCCUAAAAACUGGACAUCAUUCAGAGACAAGUGUUUUCUAGAAAUUAAAUCUAAAUAUCUAACAUUCAAUGAUGCCAAUGAAGAAUGCAGAUUAUAUGGAGGAACCCUUCCUACCAUCCUGAGCCAGUCAGAACAAGAUUUCAUUAUUCACCUGCUGCCGAGUAUGGCAUCUCAGCUUUGGAUUGGCUUGCGUCUGCCUCUGGAAACUGGAAGAAACAAAUGGAUUGAUAACCAAGAGGUCACCUAUGUGAACUUUCAUCCAAUAUUACAAGGGAGGUUUAAGACGUUUGCGUUUGAUCCAUUAAACGAGGAGCGUAAUAAACAGUGUUUUUACAUUCUCAAUGACCCAGCUUCAACGUUUGCAGGAACGUGGGAUUUUACAUCCUGUGCAGAAAAGCAAAAUGUAUCGCUCUGUCAAAAAUAUAAAGGGAAAGAUGGAGACGAUGUAUCACCUACUCCAGUACCGGAGGAUCUGACAUAUAAUGGUUAUAGGUACAAGAUCCUUCAAAGUAACCUGACUUGGUAUGAAGCCUUAGAACAAUGUAAUCAGUACAAUAUGAGUAUGGCCAGUAUCACAAACCAAUACCAGCUUGCCUUCCUUUCUGUUCAAGUUCGUAUUCUGAAUCAUUCCAUGUGGAUCGGACUCUCUAGCCAAGAUGAUGGAGUCCACUACAGAUGGCAAAAUGGUAAACCAGUGAGUGUUAAUCGCUGGUCUGACCGUGACGGGCAGUUUGGUGAUUGUGUUUACAUUGACACGGACGGAUUCUGGAAAACUGCAGUCUGUGGCACAGAAUUACUGGGAGCCUUUUGUUAUCUGGCACCAGAUGAUGAGGUAGAGCAUCCAGUUGAAAACACGAAAUCUUGUCCUCACCGAAUCGGAGAUGCCCCUUGGAUCCCAUUCCGAAACAGUUGCUAUACAUUUCUUGUAUCACAUAAAAGGUGGCUCUCCAGUGACACUCAGGAGUCUCGUCAUGUUUGCAGGGCUUUACAUCCAGAUGCAUUUGUUUUGAGCAUCCGAGAUGAAGCUGAAAACAUGUUUAUAUUUAAUCAGCUCAAUCCAUUCCGUGAUCUGGCAAAAUUUGUCUGGUUAGGAAUUACUUAUGAUAGGACAGAAAAAAAACUGCACUGGCAUGAUCAAACCUUUGUGAAAUAUUCAAACUGGCGAAUGGGAAGACCCGAAGUAGUCAAUAAUAGUUUUUACUCCGCUAUGGGCCUUGAUGGCUUCUGGGAUGUUUACAAAAGUCCUAGCGGCUUUGAGAUUAUAAACCUUCAGCAACAUUCCAUUGUGGCUUGUAAAAUAGAACUCGAUGCUGCGGCACAUUACAAGGAACCUUUGCCAGCGGUGAUACACUAUGAAGACAUGCUCUACAAUGUUGUGCAGAAGAAGUUGACCUGGAACGAAGCUGCACGUGAAUGCAAACAAAAUGGUGGUAACCUGGCAAGUGUUCACAGUGAGAUACAGCAAGGUUUUCUGGAAAGUGUUCUGAGACAGGAUGGGUUCCCACUUUGGAUUGGGCUUUCAAGUCACGAUGGCAAGCCAUCCAGCUACGAGUGGUCAGAUGGAAGUCCAUAUGACUAUAUCCAAAAGGAAUUUACACAAUUAGAACCUACAGGAAACUGUGUUUUUAUGGAUACAAAGGGUUUCUGGCGAACUAAGAACUGUACAGACUUCACAGAGGGUGCAGUAUGUUUCAAACCAGCAGCCCCGCUGAAAUUGGAUACGGAUUAUCCUGUUUGCCCUUACACACCUAAAAAUACACAGUGGAUUCUGCAAAAUGAUUUCUGUUAUGCAUUUGAUGCAAAAAUGUAUAACUUUUCUCUUUUCACCAAAGAGGAAGCCGCCAAGCUGUGUCAUAAUUUGGAUCCUACAUCUACUUUACUGACAAUAUACAAUGCUGAAGAAAAUAAUUUUGUUACCAAGUAUUUGAAAGCGGAUCCUUUCAUCACCAGAAGAAUUUGGCUUGGAUUAAACCUUACAUCGAAGGACGUAAAAUCUCAGGGCAGUGCCCAAACGGCCUUUACUAACUGGAACAAUGAAAAAAAUGAAGCUGAUGGUCAGUGUGCAGUUCUCCUACCAACGGAUGGGACGUGGCACAAGGUUUCUUGCGAAUCAGGCGAAGCCAGAGUUGUCUGUAAAGCACCUCUCAGAACAAACAGAAAAGGGUUGGCUAUUGCAUUAGCUGCCGUUGUGAUCUUCUUUCUUGUCCUCGCCCUGGCCGUUUACUGCUACAAAAAACGGAGCCCAUCAUUUUUUUCUUCAGUUCGUUAUAAACGUGCAGAGGAAGACUUUGACAAACCGGCCGGCUGGGACGUGGAACUUUUAUAGUUGACGUACAUGCUUGCACAGUGAAAAUUCUUGUUGUUUUUUUGUACAACUGAAAUCUGAAUAUGUUUUAAUUAUUUUUUUUUAUUUGCAAACAUAAUUUUCCCUGAGAUUUAGCUACACUUUAAGAGAUCCUUUUCAGAACUUAAAAUCUUCUGAUGUCAGUCUUUCCCAGCCAACUUAAUUGUUUUGGUACAAUUUCAUAUUUGUGACAUUCUAUUCGUUUGUAAAAUGUGAAAUGCAUGAUACGUCUGUGGGUCAGAAAAGCCUUGUAUGAUCUAGCAAGAGACCCUGGUGUUUUUGGGAAGGGAGAACUUGAUAUAUAUAUAUAUAUAUUUAUUUUUUUUUGUCCUCGCGUUUACUGCUGCAGUUUAGUAUAGACACCGCUAAGAAAUUGCGCAGCACAAGUGCAACAGAAAAUUGCUUCCCUCCCAUUUUCCAAAAAUAAGUGUUAUUUGAAAUUUACUGUGUUGAACAAAGUAAAAAAAAAAAAAAAAAGAUUUUGCAUAUUCAUAGAGCCAAAACAGGAUGUGGGAUUUCCAAAUAGGAUAUACUAUUAAGUUGGCUGCAGUUAAUUUUUUUUUUUUUUUUUUUUUACAAAUAGUUUUAAUUUUAUAUUUGCACAUGGAUGUAUUUGAAAAUACAAACUGGUAAAUAAACGGCAUAUUUAUUUUUUAUUAAGACUGUACAUAGAGCAAAGACACAUUGCCGUUAAUUUACGAUUAUAAUUUUUUUUUGUAUUUGCAAUGUUUGGGGGUUUGU